AGAGAGAGAGAGAGAGAGAGAGAGAGAGAGGAAAAAAAGGCUCGCGAACCCUAGCCAAGAUCACAUCGGAUCGGGUACGUUCCCCAUCCUUCCUUGGGCGGCGGCGUGUUCAUGGCCUCAGGCGGCGGCGGCGGCGUGUCUGUGGCGCCGGGCGGCAGCGGCUUGGGGUACGACGUCGGAGAGGUCUGGGGGGACUUGGAACCUUUCUUCUUCGACGAGGCGGAGGCGGUGGCCGAUCAUGAGAGGCGAAUGCGGAGAGAACAGGAGGAGGCGCAGAAGGCGGCGCAGCGCCUCCAGGACGCGAUCGCCAGGAAGAGCGCCAACAAGGCCGCGCUGGCUAAGAUCUCAGACUACGAUCCGAAGCAGGAUGGCAAAUACUUCAACCGAUUUCACUUCGCCGACUUCUCCAAAUUCGACCUCGACGAGGAGUCGCCCCUUGGACCAAUGAGAUACACCAAUAUAAUCUACAAUAAGGGUGAUGAGCACUGGAAGAGCGCUGCAGUGAACAUUCUGUCCGUGAAGAUAGCAUCAUUGGAUGUCGGUUUUCCCAUUGAUGUGUAUGGCACUGUAAUUUUCAGAGACAGCAUUGAUUACAAGUGUGUUUACCUCUUUCAUCGCGAGAAAGAUAAUUGUCAACCCAUCCACUCAAGCGAUGAAUCGUUGAUCUUGACUGGCCCAAAACGAGGACUCUUUUUACUAGAUGAUGUAUAUGUUGAGAUUGAUUUGAAGAUCAAGGAUUGUCAAGUGCAGGAGGAGAAAGAACUUAGUAAAGGAUUCUUUAAUAUCAGGGGCAUACCAAGUCGAUAUUUGGACAAAUGCGAGGUUGAAAGCAAAAAACUUGCUACCAGGCUCAGUACCAUGGAGGUGACGUAUGCAGUUGUGAACAAUGCCGUGGAGGCUACCAUUGCAGUUGAGGUCCUGAGGGGAGAAUUUUAUGGAAAAAUCAUUGCUUGCACCACCAAGGUCCCUAAUCAUCUUGUGCUUCAUGAUAGCAAACUGGCUGGUGUGAUGAGCAAGGACAACAGCAACAGUACAGGUGUUAUCCAACUUUUGAGAUCCAUUGUGUCCGUCCCUCUGGAGGAGAUGCUAUUAGUGACUAUAGUGGCCCAGACUGGUGAUGCUGAAUGUGAAAGAACCAUCGAGUUUACCCCACAUAUCAGCGGUGGAGACAGAGAUGUGAUUACUGUUGGUGUAACAAAGUUGUCGGUGACGGUUGCUUGGUCACUGAUUAGUCAGUAGUUUGUAGCUUUGGGCUGUACUGGUUAACUUAGUAAUUUAUUUAUAAUGACUUAUGUUUGGGCACAAGUAGUAGUGCGUGUAUCGACUAGUACUGUGAAUUUGUGAUGUGCUUUGUUAUGUUGAACUAGUGUGGUAGUGUGUAAGGUUAUCUUAGCCUGUUCAAUGGAAGCUGGCGCCUCAUCCUAGGCGCGGCUGCAAAUUAAACCCAUUUUU